CUGACUUCACUUUCUCAAAUGGUCUUUCCCCGUUUGCUAAUUACUUUACUACCUAGGUAUAUUAAGGUUCACCUCCACCCCGACUUGUAUUCAACUUAAUUUCACUUCUCAUAACAAAGACAGACAAUCCUACAUCCAACCUCAAUUAAUUCUCCAACCUUUUAAUAUCAACAUCUCAAUCAUCAAAAUCUGUUCAAUAGACCAGGUCUCUCAAUCUAUCAUAAUAAUUUAGGAAGUAUAUUUCUUCAAAAAUCACAAUAGUCAACAUGAAGUCCUCAGUUAUCCUCGCCAUCAGCGCUUUCACUGCUGCUUCUGUCGCUCAACAAUCCAUCUCCGACCUUCCAUCAUGUGGUGUAAGUAUUUGACUCUUUCUUAUGGAUUCACAAUGAAUUCACAUCGAAUUCACAUCGUCGCCAUCAUUAACUAGACAAUGUUUCAAUGACUAAUUAUUUCUUCUCAACAGCAAACCUGUAUCAACAACAUGCUCUCCUUGGCACCAGCUCUUGGCUGCGGCUCUGCUGAUGCUGCUUGUCUUUGCACCAAACCAGACUUUGCCUAUGGUAUCCGUGACUGCUCCAAUGAGGCUUGUGGUGCCGAUGCCGCCGCCAGUGUCAUUUCCUAUGGUCUGCUCUACUGCGCAUGUAUGUUCACUAUCGCAAACUUCAAUUGGAUCUAUUGCUAACAAUUUAAAGCUGCAUCUGCUACCGCUACCGGCGCUUCAGCUACUACUUUGGCCACCUCCACCGUCAGUUCUUCCUCUGCCCCAAGCAGUGGUGCAGCUGGUUCUUCCGUAAGUUUUUUCAUUUAUUUAUUCUUUUUCUAUGGCAUGACGUCAAUUUCUAUUUGCGGCUUCUCAAGUGUUUAUUCAUUCCCUGAGUAUUUUCUACCACAAAGAAAAUACGCAUGCAAUUCAUGAGUUGCGAUGACAUCACCCUAAGUGAAUAGAAAAGAAAAUUCACUAACUUGAUUCAAUAGGCUGCUGCCAGUUCUUCUGCUAGUUCCUCUGCCAGUUCCGCUGCCAGUUCCGCUGCCAGUUCCUCUGCCAUCACAACUUCUGCCCUCCUCGCAACCAUCACUUCUGGUUCUGAGACACUCACAAGUACCGUUGGUUCCACUACAAUUUACGGCUCUGGAGGUGUUGGCAUUGUAUCAUCUACUCCAAUCUCCACCGAAGCAGUUGUCUCUACCGCUACCAGUGAUGGAUCUACCUUUGAAACUACCGUUGGAUCUUCCACUAUCUACAGCACUCCAAGCCCAACUGAUGGAUCAUCCGCUAUCACCACAUCUGAUAUUGUUUCAACUGUCACCAGUGGAUCUUCCACUUUUGAGACCACUGUAGGAUCUACUACCAUUUUCGGUGGUGGAGCUGCUUCCAGCGCAUCCUCUGUUGCUGCUAGCGCAUCCUCUGCUGCUGCUUCUUCCGCUUCUGAAAUCUCCUCCAGUGCAUCUGCUGCUAUUUCUUCCCUCGAAUCUUCUGCUUCCUCUGUCGCAUCUGCCGCAACUUCAAGUGGUGCAAGCCGGGCUUCAUCUGCUUCCAGCAGAGCUUCUUCCGCAACUUCUGCCGCUGGCAGUGCUGCAACCUCCUCAACCUCAUCCGGUAUGGCAGCUCUCCCAACCGGUGCAACUGGUUUAUUGGCCGCUGCUGGUCUUGCUGCUCUUCUUUUGUAAACAACUUCAACAAAAUCUCUCUCCAAUCUUUUUGAUAUGGAAAAAGGUUUUCUGAAGGUGGAUGUAAUGGAAGUUGAGUGGUUGAACUUGCAACGAUACCCAUCUUUUCUCUUUUUCAAUUCUUGACCAUACUUUUUACAAUUUCUUUCUUUAACUUUUGACGACUUUCACGAAGGAUGGAUGCAUUUGAUGAUAGGUAUGGAUGGGAUUUUUUCAGGUCAUACAUAUGAUAUUAUGCACAUGACGCCAUAGACAUGGUAGUAACUAUUUGGGGUAAUUGGUGGAUGUUAAUGGGAUGGUUUAAUGGUGGUAGGAUCAUGAAUGGAAAUGGGAAUGAGGAUGGGAUGAACAGACAAAUGGUACUCGUUAUGCUUUUAUGCAUGAUCGAUGGUACGAAUUAUGAACUGUAAUAAUACCUAGGUAGAAAAAAAAUGA